AGUGAUUGUAUCAAUCAAAUAAAGAAUUACAGAAAAUGCCUGUACAAGGAAUUAGAGCAGUUACCUCAGCCAGAAAUGGCGUGGGUGCCUUUAUUUUGCAAUGCAAGCGUUUGGACUUUCACUACUGCGACUGGGCUGGAAGUUCCCGCGGGAUGGUAGCUUUCCUGAAGAACACUCUUCCCUCCUUCGCCAAAGCCAACCCUCAGAUUGAAAUCCGCGUAUCGCCACGGCCACACAAGCACCCUGUAAUCAAGGGCCACUACAUCAACGGACGUGAAAAAGCGGUCUGUGUCCGCAACCUCGAGCCCGAACAGAUCUUCCAGAAGGCGAAUUUGUUGAAGGAGGCCAGCGGAGAGAAAUUGAAGCGUACCAAGAAGCCCGUCACAAGUAUCAACGAGAGUGUCAGAGGCAUCUGGUCCCCGUAUCACGGAGAUGUCAAGACUGUCUAAAGCGGUGUUUUUGGGUUUACUGCGACGGUGUUAUUUUCUGGAUUGCGACGCUUCCAGCUUGUCAUAUUCAUACAAUGUAUUAUGGGCCUCUAUUUGUUU